CUGAUAGGUGGCACUGACUGGCAUCACUACUGGGCACUGACUGGCGGCACUGACUGGCACAAUUGCUGGGCACUAACUGGUGGCACUGACUGGCAGCACUGCUGGGCACAGGUGGGUGGCACUGGUGGGUGGGCACUGGUGGGUGACACUGCUGGGUGGCACAGGUGGGGACACUGCUGGGCACAGGUGGGCGGAACUUGCGGGUGGCACUGCUGGGCACCGAUCAUCAGGUCACUGAUCAUCAGUGCCCUGAUGAUCGGUGCCGAUCCCUGCUCUAACAACUGCCGGUUCUCGGCAGUACUUUCCUUACGAUCUGACUGCGUGACGAAAGUGCAGCCGAGAACCGGCAAUGGC